UAUCUUUCCAAAAAGACAGUGACAUCACAUAUCACAUUACCUUAUUAAAAACCAAAAUAAAUUGAAGCAGCAGCAGCAGCAGCAGCGCCAGCGCCACAUCGUGUAAUGGCUGCGCCGGCGAAUAAUAACAACAACAAUAAUAGUCCGGCGGCGGCGGCGGCGGAGGAUACUGUGGAGGAAGAGGUAGCUCGAGUGGUGGAACAAGCGAAGGAGUUGCAAGAAACCGCAGCUUCUUUAAUUGCUAAAUCUUCACAUGAUGAACAAUCUCUUCGACAGAAAGCUCUCUCUCUCGAAUCUUCUGUUCGCCGUUGCCGUACACUCCUUAACCGCAACAAUCGCCUCGCUCCUAAAUUAGUUGCCAAGCUUGAAGAAGAUUUACAGAAAGCAAGAUGUAUUAUAACUGAUGGAGAUGCUUCCGCUUUUCUUCCUUCAAAGCCUCAAGGGCGUUUUCUAAAAAUGUUUUUGGGACCGAUUAAUGUGCGGGCGUCUCGAAAAGAUGUGCAGUGGAAGGUUAAAGAGGAGUAUAACAGCUACAGGGAUAGGACUGCGCUUUUGUUUCUUCUUUUCCCAUCGGUUUUACUGUGUUUAAGAUCUUGGGUUUGGAAUGGGUGCUUGCCUACGUUUCCGGUUCAAUUGUAUCAGGCCUGGCUAUUGUUUCUCUACACUGGAUUGGCUUUGAGAGAGAACAUAUUGAGAGCCAAUGGAAGUGAUAUUCGUCCAUGGUGGAUAUACCAUCACUAUUGUGCGAUGAUUAUGGCCCUUGUUAGUCUCACUUGGGACAUCAAAGGACAACCAAAUUGUGCUCAGAAGCAGAGAGGGGUUGAACUGUUCUUGCAAUGGGCUAUGAUGCAAGGAGUAGCAAUGCUUUUGCAAAAUAGAUAUCAACGCCAGAGACUCUAUACUCGUAUUGCGUUGGGAAAGGCUAAGCGAAUGGAUGUUGUAUGGGGAGAAACAGCUGGGGUGGAUGGGCAAUUGUGGCUGUUGUAUCCUAUUCUCUUCAUUCUGCAGGGUUUUGAGGCAUAUGUUGGACUACAGCUGCUGAGGACUGCAUUCAAAGGGGUCACCUCUGAAUGGCAGGUUAUUUUCUGCGGUAUCCUUCUGGUCUUCAUGGCGGUUGGGAACUUCUUAAACACAGUACAGACACUAAUGGCAAAGUCAAGGUUUAAGGCUAAAAUGAAAAGUAAGAGCAAGCAGGAAUUGGAUUGAGGCACUUGUAACCAUUAGGAUCACUCCUUCCAUUCUCUACAGAAUCUCAAUUUUGGAACGUUCUUUCAUCGGUGUUGAAGCUGAGGCAAUGGAAAUUUAUUCUCAAGGCUUUCAUUUCAUUAUUACCCUUUGCCAUUUAUGUGUUCAUAGCUCUCAUCCUAACCGUGUAGCCUGGCUAUGAAGUGAACUUGAUCACUCAUAGAGAUGGAUGCAAAUGGUCAACAAUAAUACCCCGAGUUAUUUGUCCUAUGUAUCCUGUAUUCUUUUAUUUGGCUGUAAUUUGAGGUGGAGAUCGGAGUUUCAGUCUCCCAUAAUGAAAGUGCAAGUGUGGCCCUUUAUCAGUUA